AUGGCCAACAGUAGGGUGAUGUUCUCGUUGCCGCGUUGGCUGCUCCAGUGGAGUGUGGAGAAAAUGGCGAAUUAUAAAUUCAACCAUCAGCGCCUUGGUCUCAAUCCCGUACACAGGGCACUUGAAGCGUUCCCCACCAUAAACGAGGACAUCCAUUUAAGGAUAAUGAACGGAGCCAUUCGAGUGAGACCCAAUGUCAAGUGCUUCACGGAAAACGGGGUGAUGUUUGAUGACAACACAUUUGAAAGCAUAGACGUCGUGAUCCUGGCCACCGGCUAUGAUUACAAGUACCGGUUCCUGAGCUCCACCGUGUUGAACACAGAGAACAACAACAUAGAGUUGUACAAGUACGUCUUCCCGCCACAAUUACCGCACCCCACCCUGGCAAUGAUAGGCCUGGUUCAAGCAGUGGGCGCAGUCAUGCCCAUCUCUGAGCUACAGAGCCGUUGGUUCACCAGGAUCGUUAAAGGUCAUCUCACUCUACCUUCGAAAGAAAUUAUGAUGGAAGACAUAGCCCAGAGAAAGAAGAACGUAAGACAGACAUUUUUGCCUUCUCAGAGGCAUGCAUUGCAGACUUUCUGGGUGCCAUACAUGGACGAACUCGCAGACGCAGUCGGCUGCAAACCAAAUCUCAAGAAAAUGUUUUUCAGAGAUCCCAUGUUUGCUCUCUGGUGUUUCGUUGGUCCUUGUGUUCCCGCGCAGUUCCGCCUGGAGGGGCCUGGAAAGUGGGAGGGAGCCAGAUCGGCUGUGAAGAACUGCUACGCCAACAUGUUUGGUGCCACAGAACGCCCAGCGCCCCCAGCGGGAGAGUCUUCAAUCUGGAACCGCCUGUCCAACCGUUCCACGUGUGUGAGGGAAAACGUGCGACGGUUUAGAAAGAGCGUUGCCGUUAAUCAUAAUCACGGUCCGGGAUACUAUAUAAUGGAAACAAGCAAGGAAUUAUGACCGAAAGGUUAGCAGUGAAGCAACAGCAUUCAAAGUGGUUUUGAUGAAAAUAAUGGAAUAGCCAAAUUGUUGACUGUAUAAACUCAAAAUGUAUUACACAGUAAUGUAACAAGGUCUACGACAAUUCAGUUUGUAUUAUGGGUUCCAUAUCUCAAAAGUUCCACUUUCACCUAGCACGUUGCACUUUUCAGUCAUAAAAAUGUUUUACAUUUUGUUUACUUGUUUUUGUUUGUUAUUGUUAUAUAUAUCUAUUUAUAUAUCUAAGCUUAUGCUGUUGUAAGUAAAUGAUUUAUACAGAAUAUGUUUUAUGCAAUUAACUGGUUAUGAAAAAUAAUUUAUAUAAAUGUUCUUUAUUUUUGUGUAUUUAACAUGGGUCUGGGCAUACCUUAAGCUUGUACAGUUAUUUAUUCUGCAAAUAAAUAAAUAUCAGCCACCUCAUGUCUCCUAUUUUGUGAAAAUCAUCAUGUAUCACUUCCAUGAAAUAUAUUCUGCAUUAUGGGGCGUUUUCAGUGAAAUGCCAUAACUUUUUUUCUCUGUAUGUAUGUAUGUCAAAUAAUACACUUACCCUCUCAUAAUAUACGU